CUGGCUGGAAGCGGUGUGUGUUUCGGUGUCGCCCGUCGUUUGUGCCCUUUGACGCUGUUAAUAUUACAGAAGAAACAGUAUUUUGAUAUAUGACAUUUUAAACCCCGGUGCUAAAACCGUAACGGCUGGAUGAGUGGGCCAACCUUUACCCCUCCCACUGCAGAUGUGGCUGAGAUGAACCGCAUCCAUUAUGAAUUGGAGUACACAGAGGGGAUCAGCCAGCGCAUGCGAAUCCCUGAGACCCUCAAGGUGGCCCCAGAGAACCAAACAGGGUCCCUGCCGCUUCAGCAGCCCCUGCUCACUCACACGACCCUGAUGCAGGUUCCGGAGAGGAUUGUUGUUGCAGGUGAUGAUGGGGACCCUCAGUUUGCUCAUCCGAGAGACUUGGACCUUAUUCAGUCCAUCCCUCCUGUGGACCUCCUGAGCAUGAAGGCCCCACCACGAGUCCUCACCCUUACAGAACAGCCUCUGGACUCCCUUGAGACUGACCAAACUGCCUCUACACAGAGCAAUCUCAACCAGGCGGCCCACCUUCAUUCUCGGUCUCGAAGGGAACGCAGUGCGAGCGAGAACAUAUCUGGCCGCCACAGCAGUCAGAUCAGCAGAGGGGAUAUAAGUGUAACCCCUUCCCCUUCUGCCCCCCCAGUCCGCUUGUGUCCCCCCCUCUGUUCUCCUGAGGAUGCGAGCAUCAACCUCUUCACGGCUGCGGGGUUUUUGUCUUACAUCCAGUCAACAACACGCCGAGCGUAUCAGCAGAUCCUUGAGGUCCUGGAUGACAGCCACCGCAGGACACACCUGGACUUGGCCCUGGAAAUGAACCCUGAUGAGUCUGGCUUGGUGGACGCCUCCUCACUACGACGACAGAUUGUGAAGCUGAAUCGGCGUCUGCAGCUGCUGGAGGAAGAAAACAAAGAGCGCUCCAAGCGAGAGGUGAUCCUGUAUUCUGCUACUGUGGCGUUCUGGCUUAUUAACACCUGGAUCUGGUUCCGUCGCUGAGGUGGGACAAAACUGAGCCUCCCAAAACACUGGAAGCUGGAAGUAAUUCCUAGUUGAGGGUGCAACCAUUAAAAUAUGGGUCGCUUCUAACAUCUGAAGGUAAACACAGAAAACUAUAACAACACUGGCAAUGUGUUUUUUUUUUUUGUUUUUUUGUUUUUUUUUUAGCUAAUUCUAUAUUGGGAUUUGACUUACAAAUUUCAAGCUUAACACUGUCACAGUAAGAUUGGAGCCAGCGUACAUUAUAAUGUUUAGUAUAUCUGCUCAGUGUUGCAAUAUUGCACAAUGCAAACUAUCACUACAAGCCUAGCCACAAAGUGAUUUUUGGUGAGGUGUUGCCACAGCAUUAAAACUAGGGGUAAAGCUAAAGGUAGCAGGCUUCACUUCACAUUAAAGUUUCUUCUGUGUAUCUCAUUUCUGUAUAAAAUGACUAGCAAGAUGAAACACAGUGACACUGCAGCUGGUUGUUCCUAAAAUGUCAGCAUCUGCUUAGAUGUAGUAAGCAGAGCUUUGCUAUGUUGUAGCCACAACAAAUACUAAAUAGCUUAUUAGGCUAAAAUGAGGACAUAGGUUGAGAGAAAAUUAUAAAGAAUCAAUUGACUGCUCUGUUGCUCACUUGGAUUUAGGAGAAACUAAAUGUCAAACAGUCCAUAUGGAGACUAUUGUAAAGUGGCAAAGGAGUGCCUGGAAUGAAUUUGCAAAAACUGUAAACCCUUACUGAUUUGGAUAACUGCGUUAUGGAUAUUUUGUACAAAGAGCUAGGAAAAUGUUACUGAUUGCACCUUAAAGCUUGACAAAUCCUAGCACAGCAACAACAGAUGUUAUAGUGAUGCUUACCAUCAUUCAUCUUCCUGAGAGUAAACAUAGUUUGUAACUGAGACUCUUUAGCCUCAGGAGAAGAGUGAUUGGUGAGAAAACAAGGAUUUACUUAAGCAACAAAUGUUUUGGGAACACAGUCCACAGCUGGAACUAUAGUUACAGGACCAAACCUCAGACCUGACCUGUCUUUGCUGUUUGAAGUUCAACAGUUUGGUCAAAAAUUACCAUUCAUAAAGUGUCAAAGUAAGAUGACUAAAUCUAGCGAUGCCAUAACACUUACCCUGAAUGUCCUUUGAGUUCUUCAUUACCCCAAAACAUUUGCAUACAGCACUUGAAUAAGCUAUUGUUGAAAUGUUGUAGUUGAGUCCUUAAUACUUUUUUUUUUUUUUUUACCUCUUUGGCAGUAACAUGCCCAAUGACUGUGAUAUAAGCUUGAGGAAGAGGCAAUGAUCCUAAAGGUAGGGUGCUGAGGGUGCUAUCUGUGAAUUAAUAAUGUAUUCCCAUGCUGUUUAUACAGUUUGAGCUUGUUUUUCCAGAGAGUUUGACCAUUCAUGUUUUCCAUUAAGACUUAGGAAAAAAAGAGCAUGGACUAUGUGGUUUUAUCCACCAUACAGUGUGA